AUGCAACCGGACGUUUUGUACUCGGCCAAGCGUCACAAGGGCUGGCAACUGAAGGACGAGUUGGUUGACUACGUCGAAAGCCUACCAGCCACUCGCGACGACAUCCAUCUCGUCUACGGCAUCGACGCAUUGUCCAAGCCGUACAAUAGCAACUUCUACGCUGUCUCCCGAGUGCUCGGCAGUCACGCGACGGAGCCGCGCGUCAACCCACGUCCGGCCAACCUCUUCUCGAUCAUGGAAGGUCUGCGUCGGGUGGCAACUGACGCCGAGGACUCGCAGACCCCGACCAGUCGUGGCCAGCGUCGCCGGCGCGUCAUCUCCUCCUCCGAAGCCAGCGAGGCCGUGGAGCGUCUGCCAAAGUCCGCCUUUUCUGCCGCCGUCAUUAGUCAACCCACGUUCUGCGAUGCCAAGACCCGCUUUGGCUCCAACGGGUCACACUACUACACACGCAAGAACCCGCGGGCCAUGGAGAUGGACGCCUGCGAGCGGAAGCAGUUCAUUCGGGACCGCGAGUGGGAGGAUCCGGUCUACGAUGGUCCAGACACACUUCACCCGGCCUUAAAGGUAAGGUUGCACUUGUUUAUUUGUCUGAGACACAAUGUGGACAAUAUGAAGAGGAGGUGGGUUUCGAAGAAUUAUUCACUUGAUUGA